UCAGUGUCCGCGUGCUCCGAGUUCAGGAAUUAUCACCAGCAGGAGCAAAGGCAAAUAGAAGAAACAUUUCUGUUUCAGCUGGCACUUAGCAGGCAGGAACAACCUAGGGCAUAAUCUGAUUUUAGACCUCCUUCUGCUACGCUGUUGCUUUCUCAGCUUGGACUGCACUUGCUGUCGAUGGGGGAUAAAAGUGUGCAUUGAUGUGUCAAGGUGAAUGAAGACAGGGGUACAGCACCACUUCAUAAAAGGUCUUCAAACAACUGUGCAUUAAAACUGAAUGAACCAUGCCCUGCCUUGCCUCACUAAGAAAGAUUUGAGGUUUAACAUUUGAUGACAACAUGUGAUUAUCAACUGCAGAACUCGACUUGGAGAUGUCCAGCUAGUAAGAACUGAUUUGCAGUGGAUACACAGAAAGAAAAGCACCAAAGGAAGAUAAGGAUUACAAUCAAAGUGGAUGAAUACAAUAAAAUAAAAACUCUGGCCUUUCUGCACUCUGUCAAGAAUAAGACCUAAAGAUUUUCUAUCUAUUUUGCCUGAAAUGUUUUAAGGGAAUAUUAAGCUUCAGAAUGUUGAUUUCUCCAUCUUCUGGUUGUUUUCUAAGACUUCUGGCUCUGUACUGUUUGCUGAAGGCAUCUCAUUCUCUGAAUCCAGAUGACCCUAAUGUCUGCAGUCACUGGGAAAGCUAUGCUGUUACUGUUCAGGAGUCAUAUGCGCAUCCAUUUGAUCAGGUGUAUUAUACAAGAUGCACAGAUAUCCUUAACUGGUUCAAAUGUACCAGACAUAGAAUUAGCUACAAAACAGCCUAUCGAAGAGGACUGAGAACUAUGUACAGGAGAAGAUCCCAAUGCUGCCCUGGAUAUUACGAAAAUGGAGAUUUCUGUAUUCCCCUCUGCACUGAAGAGUGUGUACAUGGAAGAUGUGUGUCUCCUGAUGCUUGCCAGUGUGAGCCUGGCUGGGGAGGACUGGACUGCUCAAGUGGUUGUGACAGUGAACACUGGGGUCCUCACUGCAGUAACCGUUGCCAGUGCCAGAAUGGGGCAAUGUGCAACCCCAUAACUGGUGCUUGUGUUUGUUCUGAUGGAUACAAAGGAUGGCGCUGUGAGGAGCCCUGUGACCCUGGAUCCUAUGGGAAGGCAUGCCAGCUACAGUGCCAGUGUCAAAAUGGAGCAACUUGUGACCAUGAAACCGGGGAAUGCCAUUGUACUCCAGGAUACACAGGGGCUUUCUGUGAGGAAUGCUGUCCACCUGGAAGCCAUGGAGCACAAUGUGAACUUCGUUGUCCAUGUCAAAAUGGAGGGACCUGCCAUCAUAUAACUGGAGAGUGCUCUUGUCCUGCUGGAUGGACAGGCUCUGUAUGUGCUCAGCCAUGCCCAUCUGGAAUGUUUGGAGUUAACUGCAGCCAAGAAUGUCAAUGUCACAAUGGAGGGCACUGUGACCAUGUAACCGGACAAUGCCAAUGCACAGCUGGGUACACAGGUGACAGAUGUCAGGAGGAAUGCCCCAUUGGGAUGUAUGGCUUUCAUUGUGCCCAGAAGUGUGAUUGCAUGAACGGUGGAAAGUGCUACCACAUCAAUGGGGUCUGCAUGUGUGAGCCUGGAUUCAAAGGUACUCGUUGCCAGAAACGAAUGUGUCCCGAGGGGCAGUAUGGGCUGAAGUGCGACAAAAGCUGCCCAUGUAAUGCAACAAACACAGUAAGUUGUCACCCUCUCUCUGGUGAGUGCAUGUGUAAAGCGGGCUGGGAUGGCCUAUACUGCAAUGAAACUUGCCCACUUCGAUUCUAUGGUGAAGCCUGCCAGCUGAUCUGUACUUGCCAGAAUGGAGCAGACUGUGACAGUGUUACAGGAAAAUGCAUCUGUGCUCCAGGAUUUACAGGGGAUGAUUGUUCUAUACCAUGUCCAUCUAACAGAUAUGGAUCCAACUGUUCUGGAGAAUGUAGCUGUAAGAAUGAUGGAGCAUGUUCCCCAAUAAAUGGUUCCUGCAUUUGCAAAGAAGGAUGGCAAGGUAUCGAUUGCUCAUUUCCAUGCUCUGCAGGAAGCUGGGGUUUGAACUGUAAUAUGACAUGUCUGUGUGAAAAUGAAGCAGCAUGUAGUCCUAUUGAUGGCUCUUGCACGUGUUCACCUGGCUGGAAGGGACAGUACUGUGACGAGCCAUGCCCAGAUGGCACCUAUGGUCUGGAAUGUAGUGAGAACUGUGACUGCAGCCACGCAGACGGAUGUGAUCCUGUCACAGGACACUGCCAUUGCCUUGCAGGAUGGACAGGCAUCCAUUGUGACAACAUGUGCAUGCAGGAUCGCUGGGGCCCAAACUGUUCCAUUGCUUGUAACUGUGAAAAUGGAGGAUCCUGUUCCCCUGAAGAUGGGACAUGUGCAUGUGCACCUGGGUACAGAGGAACAACCUGCAAGAAAGUUUGCUCGCCUGGUUUUUAUGGAAAUCGUUGCAGCCAGUCUUGUCCCCAGUGUGUGCACAGCAAUGGGCCAUGCCACCACAUCACUGGUCACUGUGAAUGUCUACCUGGAUUUUUUGGAUCUCUGUGCAAUCAAGUCUGUGCCAGUGGACGAUAUGGGAAGAACUGUGCCGAAGACUGCUUUUGUACAAAUAAUGGAACAUGUAAUCCUAUAGAUGGUUCAUGUCAGUGCCUUCCUGGAUGGAUUGGGAAAGACUGCUCGCAAUCAUGCCCUGCUGGUUCCUGGGGCCCAGACUGUAUACACACCUGCAACUGUCACAAUGGAGCCCUCUGCAGCACUUCUGAUGGAGAAUGCAAGUGUACACCAGGGUGGACUGGACUCUACUGUACUCAGCGUUGUCCAGUGGCAUUUUAUGGGAAGGACUGUGCCAAAGUAUGUCAAUGCCAGAAUGGAGCAGACUGUGAGCACAUAACAGGAAUGUGUACAUGUAGAACAGGCUUCACUGGGAAGUUCUGUGAGCAAAAGUGUCUUCCUGGAACAUUUGGCUAUGGCUGCAAUCAAUUGUGUGAAUGCAUGAACAAUGCCACCUGUGAUCACGUGACAGGAACCUGUUACUGCAGCUCAGGGUUCAAAGGAAUCAGAUGUGAUCAAGCUGCUCUUAUAAUGGAGGAGUUGAACCCUUUCACUAAAAUGAACCCUGACCUUGCAGAAGAGACUCACUCCAUUGGUGCAGUUAUUGGAAUUCUUCUCCUCCUCCUCCUCAUUAUUGUGGUCCUGCUCGUCUUAUUUGUGUGGUAUCGGCAGAAGCAGAAGCAAAAGGGCCAUAACAUGCCAAGCGUGUCCUACACCCCAGCUGUGCGAAUUACAAACACUGACUAUUCACUUUCAGAUGUAUGCCAAAGUAGCGACACUGUGCAUUGUUUUUCCAGUCCAAGCUACCACACUCUGUCACGCGGUGUGACUUCACGAUUCUCCAAUAACUUGGAUCAGAACUGCUUUAAUAAGCUCAAAAACAAUGGCUCUGACAGAGAUUCAUCAGACUGGAGACCUUACUACAAUCUGAAUGAUUUAGACUACAUGAAGAGUUCCCUGUACAGCUCUAACUGCUCUCUGAACAGCACUGAAAACCCAUAUGCCACCAUUAAGGACCCUCCUGUUCUGUCAUGCAAACACUCUGAGAGCAAUUAUGUGGAGAUGAAAUCCCCUGUACAUAGAGACCUUCUUCCAUUUACAGACAUUCCUUCAUCAUCAUCAUCAGCUGUUAGAAAUAUAUAUGAAGUUGAGCCAACAGUCGGUGUGAUGCAAGGAACCCAUGGGAUUAACAUCAUUUUCAACCAGAACCCAUAUGAUCUUCCCAAGAACAGCCAUAUUCCCAGCCAUUAUGAUCUACUUCCAGUACGGCAAAGCUCAGCAUUUGGGGCUACUGGUGCAAAGCAGUAAGAAAAACAUCCCUAAAGGAAGACGUGACAUCUACUGAAGAGCCUUUAAUGUUGUCUUGGACAAAAGGAACAUUAAAGAAGAAAUGUGUUUCCCCUGAAAAAAGAAUGUUAAUUGGACUGAAGGACAACUGACUUAUUAUCAGAUUUUCUUUUCUGGUUUGGGAUAUCACUGCUGCAUGACAUUUGUAUAGAAAAAAAACUGUGUGCCAUGAGAGUUUUAGAACAAGAAAUCUUAAAGACAACACUAGAAGGAGUUAUCACUCUUCAAAGAUGGCCCGUGUUUUCAAAGCCAUUGACACAAAACAAAAAUAGUUAGCAAUGGGGAGACACUUCUUAAGUUGCAAAAUGCUGUUUAUCUAUUUAAUGGAAUGUUUAUGGUUUUAGCAUAAAGUUAUCUGACCGACAAAGGAUUAUCUUUGAAUGCUGUUUUCCUGGUUAGUAAUAGAAGCAGAAAUAAAAUGAUCAACCAGUCAAUGUUUAAAUUAUCCCAGUCUUAAAUUGCAUUGCUGAGUCCAGCAAGGUUGGUCCUCUUUGUAAUUAAACUCACUCACCUAGUUCAUCUUUGGUCUUUAUAUAGAAACUCUGAGAUGGUUAAGGAAUAGCUGUGUAUUCAUUGCAUGUAUUAUCUGAGAACUUCUAUCAGAUAUAGUAACUUACUUAGAAAAUGUGUCAGUCUAGGGCUGUCUUUCCAGGUAAUUAACAUAUGCUGAUUUCUUUCUAGAAUACUAGAAUAUUGUUCAUCUCCUGUCAGACUCACCAGGUGUUCUUUUGUAAUGUUCAACACGGCAACAGACUGUGAUCUUAAAAAUGCCAAUGAGAAUGACGAUUAGAAACCUAUUUUGAGACCUUCAUUGCAAUGACUAGUUAAGAGACAAAAUGUAGAAGCAUUAAAUAGUAUAUUGGCAAUUUGCUGAUUAUAUAUCACCCCAAGUAGAGACGUUGCUUGGAGUGAUAAGAAGAAACUAUCAAAAAUCUUGAACUGAAAAAUCCUAAAACUGCAAAACUAUGCAGUACCUGUAACAAACUGAUGAAACUGGGCAUACUAUCAGUAAAUAGAAAGGAUUAAUCGGGGUUGCCCCAGUGGUGACAUCAAGUAUAAUAGACCCUACAGUAAGGCAACCUGCAGGGGAUAAUGAGGCAGGGGUUUGAGCUGUCAGCAGCACAUCCUAUUUUUACUGCUCAGAUUUUAAGGGAUCCUUUGAUACAAGCAAUAAGGUGUAUUAAAUAUGUAGGCAUACAUAAGGCACAGGGUGAGACCUCUUUAGGAUCACUGGGUCAUACUUUGAUGCCACACCUCAGAAGUAGUCUGGGUUUGGAUAGAGUGACAGAAGACCAGACAGACACAAAUGAGGCUGCAGAGAAAAGAGUCGUUGAAGUAUCACUGUGUAUCUGUGAAAGAGGAAGAGGAAAAUGUGACAUGGUAAGUGAAGGGUAGAGACAUUAUGGAAUGUGUGAAGUACAAGAGGAAAGUAUCUUUCCAGCUCAAGGCAACAGUGAGCAGUUGUGUAGCUAGGGUGGGGCAAAUGGGGGAUUUGCCCUGGGCACAAACUACUAAGUAGUACUCAUCUUGGGAAUCUUGGCUAGUCUUAAAAAGAUCAUUCACCUAGUAAUCACUUCUGAACCUAUAAGCGGCAUGAUUAGCAGAUGCUGAUAAGUAUUCAGUGCAGUGUAUUACCUGCAGUCAAAUGGCAGUAUUGCAUCUGUGGUCAGAACAAAAACACUUAGCCCUCCGUGUGUGGCACAAACUGUAGCAGCUGCUUGCUACAUUGUAGCAGUUUGCUGCAGUUCAAAAGGAAAGAGAUGGGUGCUUUUUUAGAACAGAAGCGCUUAACUCUCAGGGAGGGCACCAAGUACCAGAAAUGCUAGCAACACACUGACAAUGAGACUCAAGUGUGGCAUGUAUAUUUGGGAAGAAUCGAGUAGUAAAUUUAUUCAUUUGGGGAAGCUUUAUACAGCAGUGAGUAAAUCCUUAUUUACUGAAAGAGUAUAAAACAGUAAACAGCUGUCAGAGAAAACAUAAGAUUAAAUUCUGAAUGUAGGAGACAAGUAUAAAUUUGUAUUCAAAAAAUGGGCAGCAAAGAGGAAGGAAGGAAGGGUACCUGAAUCUUAAAGAUAAUCCAUGGAACCAGGUUAUAUGAGGAAUAUAUAGGAAUAAAACGGUCUCUUUUUAAUAACACACAUUACAUUAUCAGAUGUUUUUGGGAAGGAAAGAGAUUCUGUCAUUUUCUCACAGGACAAGUAUUCUAGAAACAAUGUUUUAAGGAUUUGAAUAUCAGAUUACCAUGAAAGGUAUUGCAUUAGUGAAGAAUACUUUAUCAAAUUUAAUAGCUUAUGGCUCUAUAAUAACAUUUUUUUGCAAUUUCCUGGUUUUUCUUUAUGUAACCCAGACCUUACUUUGUCUAAAUGAUAUUAAAACUGAUGAUGUUGUGUCUGCAUUAUUUAGAUAACUACAGUACCAGGUUUGCUUCUUAAGAGGUCCAACUUCCAUUCAUCUUGAAAUAAAACUGCAGAAGUAAAGCAUUUCACAUUGCAAUAUAUGUUUUUGAAAUCUUUUGAUUUAUAAACCUAGAUCAAAGCUUAUAAUCUGGCCGUCUGCUAUUUUCAUCACUAACAGCGACACAGUGAGAAAAAGAUUAAAAUUAUAAUGGAAUGUUUUUAUCUUCAUGCUGAUAACUGAGUUAACAAAAUAACCCUGAAGUGAAAUAAUCCUGAAAUGAAAUAUUGAAUGUUUCCAGAGUAAUUAGAUUGCCACCUGAACCCCUUCAUAUGUAUUAAGCAGUGUUUUUCAUAAAGUCUGUGACUUCUUCAUAGAUAGCAAGCAUGAGAUAACAGGUACCACUUUUUUCUAAUCAAACUUGUUUGGAUAAAUAAGGUCAUCCCUUGCUCUUUUGUAAACAUUUAGAACAAACAUGGAAACUACUAAUAAAAAGCAUGUUGUGAGCUGUUAAAAGAAAUUUUAAGAAGCCAUAGACCACAUAUAAUAUAAUCUAUAUAAAAUUCUCUUCAUAGCAAAGCAUGAAUAGUCAUGCAAA